GAGUAUGUAUCUGACUGAGAGCGCGCGCGGGCUCGCAGCGCGCCUCGUCAGUCGAAAAGCGGAGCUCGUGGACUCGAAAAGUAGUUUUGCCGAGCCGAAGCCGUGUGCAUGCUCAAGUGCGCCCUUUGCUAAAUUCUCGCCCAAUUGUAAUCGCUGAUUCGCCGAAACAGAAUAAUGCAGACCAAGAGGGUGCUCCUUUUGGGCUUUGUCCUGCUCGUCGUCAUCCAGCUUUGUCUCGCCGACGUGGACGAUGACAGACAAAGAAACGAGAUCGAGCGCGCCAGGAGACGGCGCAAGGAAAAGUUGAGGGCCGAACGCGCCGAACGGCGGCUGCAGAAGGAGCAGCGACUUCUGCAGCAGCUCGAAAGGGGCAAGAGACACCGCGAGCACCGUCCGCGGACGGAGACGGGCAACCCGCAGCCGUACGAGGCUCAGCCGCCUGUGCACAACAGACACAGACUUGAGCAGGAAAAUUUGCGUGCCGAGAGGAACGAGAGGCGCCGAGUGAGACAAGAGCAGAACGAGGUGAGGAGGAACCGCGGCGGCAGGAGGAGGCAACACGCCAAAAAACUUCUCAGGAGCAACGAGCUGGACAGAGAUGAGAGAAGGAAUGAAACGACCAGGCCCAACUAUGUGUGCCCCCCUGACUUUGUCCGUCUCGGAAAUUCUUGCUACUUGCUGAGCAAGCAGAUUCUUGCUUGGCAGGAAGCUCAUCACUACUGCCGAGACAUGGGAAGCCACCUCGCGUCCUUAGAAACGGCUUGGGAAGAUGGCAACAUGCGGGACUACAUCAAUAGAAAGGAACUUGCUCGGCUUGAGCGCUGGAUCGGGGGCAGAUACAACUGGGAGACGUCCAAGUGGAUCUGGGGCUCGUCUGGCAAGCGAAUGGGCUACCAAGGCUUUUCGAGACGCAACUCGAACGACGACCGAACCUGGCACUGCGUGUUCAUGGACCCGACCCGCCAAUACCGCUGGGCCCACAAGAGCUGCUUCCAAGCGCUCCACUUCAUCUGCGAGGCGCCACUGCAAAAGGAGCUGCCGCCCAAGGACAACAACGAGAUCUGAACUUGAGGAAGCGCAAACACACUAUUAUAGCAAAAAUUAAAUUAAAAACGCCUCAUGUAUUCUACGACAAACCUAAAAAAAGGAGACCUGAAUAAUUUCAAUUUUCUUACAACUCCCAGUUUCUGACAAAUGCCAUCGUAAUUUUUAAGAUAAAUUAAUUAUUAAUUAAUUCCGAAUGAUGAAAAAUAAAGAUUAACUCAUAGACGGGUAUGUAUUAGCUUUGUACAAUGUAAUUAAUUAUAUGCCCUUGCAAGUUUGGAUUAUUUAAUGUGAAAUUACAAGUUUUCAAAUCCGUGUCUGACAUUUAUGUUUACUUUUAAGCCUCUGAUAAUAAUUAACACAAAUGUGCUUUGAGCACCAAUUUUGAUUGUAUUAAUUACGCGAUAAGUUUAUUGCCUCUUUAAUUUAUGUAAUGUAACUGUAAUAUAUAUUAUUGGAGAAUGCAAUAAAGAGAGUAUAAAGAAAA